AUGGAAAAGCAGGCCGCCCAGUCGUCAAGCGACGUAUCUCCUGGGGCAACAACGUUCUCACAAAUUGGCUGCAUAGGAGCAGGCUUCUCAGGCAUCGGUCUCGGUGCCAGUUUAUAUCGGUGGUACGGUAUCACUGAUGUCCAGUUCUUCGAAAGACGAGCAUCCUCUGGCGGGACAUGGUUUGCCAACAACUAUCCUGGUUGUGCGUGCGACGUCCCUUCUGCGUUGUACUCGUAUAGUUUUGAGCAAAACCCGAAUUGGACCAAGCUCUUACCUGAUCACAAGGAGCUCAAGAUCUACUUGGAUGAAGUCGCUAGCAAAUACCGGCUUCAGGAACGAAUGCGUUUCCAAGUCGAGGUUGAGAAAUUUGCUUGGGAUGACUCCUCUCAAAGAUGGACUCUUUGGCUUCGAGAUCUCCAGACCAAGCAACCGAUGAAACACGUUUGUCAAGUCCUCUUCAACUGCGGCGGUGCUCUAGUCGUUCCCAACCCAAUUGCCUUUCCCAAACAAGAGACUUUCAGAGGAGAUAUCUUCCACUCCGCAGAGUGGAACCACGACGUCGACCUAGAUGGUAAAAGAGUCAUCGUCAUCGGCAAUGGUUGUACCGGUGCACAGAUUGUUCCAGCCCUCAUAAGGGCGGGUAAGGUGGCCGCUGUCGUUAACAUUGUGCGGAGCAAACAGUGGAUUUACCCCUCUUUGGAUUUUCACUACAGCAAGUUCAUGCGGUGGUGCUUCAAGAAUGUACCGUUUGCACUACAAUUACACCGAUUCCACAUAUUCCUUUACGCCGAGCAAGAGUUUUCGACCGUUCAGAUGACUCCCAAGGGUGCUCGGUUGCGCGAGAAGAAGAGAAAGCUUGUCGAGGAAUACAUGCGCUCCGCAUCUCCGACAAAGUACCACAGUAUGCUCAUUCCAGACUUCGAGAUCGGCUGUAAGAGACGCAUCUACGAUUCGGGAUACCUCCAAGCUCUCCAUGACCCUAGAGUUACCCUGACCAACAGCCCUAUUCGUGAAUUUACUCCAGCCGGGAUCCGCACUGAUGACGGCAUUAUCGAGGCCGAUGUCAUCGUUGUCGCCAAUGGCUUCAACGUUCACGCCCCGUUGCCCAGGGGCGUAAUCAUUGGCAGGGACAACUGCGAUCUCACAGACUACUGGAAGAAAUAUGGUGGACCAGGGGCGUACAAUGGAACAGCGGUGGCACCUUUCCCCAAUUUAUUUUUCAUUCUGGGCCCGAAUUCGGGCACUGGCCAUACAUCUGCUGUCAUGCCGCUGGAAAAGUGCGUCUCGUCCCACCUCCGCGGUAACUACGAAGAUUACUGA